CGAGUUUGCCUAACAGCUGUGGCACUUGCUGAGCGCUUUGCCUCGUUAAAGCAAGUUGCGCCACUCGUCCCGUCGCGAGAGCUACUCAAGUUUUUUUGUAUCGAGCAUCGACCAUUACCAGCUCCAUCAAAUCAUCACACCAAAUUCGCGAGAUCACCGCUGCGGACGCCUGCGGGAUCGUCGCCUCCAUCACACAAGUUCAUGGAGGCUAUCAUUGAAUUCAUCUCUCAUCCUUGAAGCAGCGCAAUCUUGGCCUCUGGUGCAUUCGACGAGGAAACACAGCUGCAUCAACCACCGCGCCGAUAGGCGAUAGCACCUUUCUGGUGGUCAAGUCCACCCAGAGUUGCACCUGACGACAUCACCAUGUCUUCUUUCCCUCCCCCUCCGCCGCCUCCUCCGGGCUGGGGCCCGCCUCCUCCACCUCCCCCCCCGCCAGGACCCCCGUCGUCGCUCCCUCCACCGCCCGCUCUCCCCGCGCCACCCCCUCCGGGCUACCGCCCGCCCGUCGAUCCCCAGAUCGCCAAGUUCGCGCAGAAGAAGAAGGAAUGGCUUCGCAACCAGCGCAGCCGCUUUGGGGAGAAGAGGAAAGGCGGCUUUGUCGAGACCCAAAAGGCCGACAUGCCGCCUGAGCACUUGCGCAAGAUCGUGAAGGAUAUUGGCGACGUUUCCCAGAAGAAGUACACGAGUGACAAGCGCAGCUACCUCGGUGCGCUCAAGUUCAUGCCGCACGCGGUCAUGAAAUUGCUGGAGAACAUGCCCAUGCCGUGGGAAUCGGCGAGGGAAGUCAAAGUUCUCUACCACGUCAACGGCUGUUUGACUCUGGUCAACGAGAUACCCCGAGUUAUUGAGCCUGUCUUUUUUGCGCAAUGGGCCACCAUGUGGACGACGAUGCGUAAGGAAAAGAGCGAUCGAAGAUUGUUCAAGCGCAUGCGGUUUCCGCCUUUUGACGAUGAAGAGCCCCCGCUCUCCUGGUCUGAGAAUAUCGAAGACGUAGAGCCGCUUGAACCGAUUCAGAUGGAUCUCGAUGAGGAAGAAGAGGCGGCUGUGUACGAAUGGUUCUACGACCACCAACCCCUCGUCGACACAUCGCACGUCAACGGCCCGAGUUACAAGACAUGGAACCUCACGCUGCCGCAGAUGGCAAGCUUGUUCCGUCUGAGUCGCCCUCUGGUGUCGGACGUGGUGGACAAGAACUACUUCUAUCUGUUUGAGUUGAAAAGCUUUCUGACAGCAAAGGCCUUGAACGUUGCGUUGCCAGGUGGUCCCCGGUUUGAACCACUCUAUAAAGACAUCGAUCCCAAUGACGAAGACUUUGGAGAGUUCAACGCUAUGGAUCGCAUCAUCUUCCGAAACCCAAUCCGGACUGAGGUUCGAGUAGCUUACCCGUACCUUUACAACGCGCUGCCCCGAAGCGUGCACCUGUCUUGGCACUCUCAUCCACAGGUCGUCUACUCCAGAACCGAGGAUCACAAUCUCCCCGCGUUUUACUUCGAUACCAGCAUUAACCCUAUCUCCUCCCGCGCGGUUGCCCCGCGAAAUCUUACCGUCAGUCAUGAGGAUGAGAUAUUUGGGAAGGGGAAUAUCGAGGAGCCUGAAGAGGAGGCAUUUGAGCUGCCUGCGGCCGUUGAGCCCUUCUUUGCCGACGAGGAGUUAUACACAGAGGACACGGCAUCCGCGAUCGAACUGUGGUGGGCGCCUUUCCCCUUUGACCGCCGCUCCGGGCGCAUGGUGCGAGCCCAGGAUGUUCCCCUCAUCAAGCACUGGUACCUGGAGCACUGCCCACCCAAGCAGCCAGUCAAAGUGCGCGUGUCGUAUCAGAAGCUUCUCAAGACGUACGUGCUCAAUGAGUUGCACAAGAAGAGGCCAAAGUCACUGCAGAAGCAGAAUCUUCUCAAGACCUUGAAGGGGACAAAGUUCUUCCAGCAAACGACGAUUGACUGGGUUGAAGCAGGCCUACAAGUCUGCCGCCAGGGCUUCAAUAUGCUCAAUCUGCUGAUUCACCGCAAGAACCUUACAUAUCUCCAUCUUGACUACAACUUCAAUCUGAAACCCGUCAAGACAUUAACCACCAAGGAGCGAAAGAAGUCAAGAUUCGGCAACGCGUUCCACCUCAUGCGAGAGAUCUUGCGGCUAACCAAGCUCAUUGUCGACGCCCAAGUGCAAUACCGGCUGGGCAAUAUCGAUGCCUUUCAACUUGCUGAUGGCAUACUUUAUGCCUUCAACCACGUUGGACAGCUAACGGGCAUGUACCGAUACAAGUACAAGCUCAUGCACCAGAUCCGCUCGUGCAAAGACUUGAAGCACUUGAUAUACUACCGGUUUAACGCCGGUCCUGUGGGCAAGGGCCCCGGUUGCGGAUUUUGGGCGCCCGCAUGGAGAGUCUGGCUGUUCUUCAUGAGAGGCAUCAUCCCGUUGCUUGAGCGUUGGCUUGGCAACCUUCUCUCACGUCAAUUUGAGGGUCGUCACAGCAAGGGAGUGGCCAAGACUGUUACAAAGCAGCGAGUCGAAUCGCACUUCGACUUGGAACUGCGAGCCUCGGUCAUGGCUGAUCUGAUGGACAUGAUGCCGGAAGGCAUCAAACAGAACAAGGUCAACACGGUGCUUCAGCAUCUUUCCGAGGCGUGGAGAUGCUGGAAGAGCAACAUUCCCUGGAAGGUCCCUGGCUUGCCCGCCGCCAUCGAGAACAUCAUUUUGCGAUACGUCAAGGCCAAGGCCGACUGGUGGAUUUCGGUCGCCCAUUACAACCGGGAGCGCAUUCGUCGGGGCGCCACUGUCGACAAGACCGUGGCAAAGAAGAACGUUGGACGACUGACACGGUUGUGGCUCAAGGCUGAGCAAGAGAGACAGCACAACCACAUGAAAGACGGGCCAUACGUCUCGUCCGAGGAGGCUGUUGCCAUCUACACGACGACUGUCCAUUGGCUCGAAUCGCGAAAAUUCUCGCCUAUCCCUUUCCCCAGCGUCUCUUACAAGCAUGACACCAAGAUUCUUAUCUUGGCGCUUGAACGGCUGCGGGAGGCCUAUUCCACCAAGGGUAGGCUGAAUCAGAGCCAGCGAGAAGAGCUUGCUCUGAUUGAGCAGGCUUACGACAGCCCGGGAACGACUCUGGAGCGGAUCAAGCGCUUCCUUCUCACACAGCGGGCUUUCAAAGAGGUCGGCAUCGAUAUGAACGACAAUUACAGUACCAUCAACCCGGUGUAUGACAUUGAGCCCAUCGAGAAGAUCAGCGAUGCCUAUCUCGAUCAGUACCUCUGGUACCAAGCUGAUCAGCGCCAUCUGUUCCCCGCUUGGAUCAAGCCCUCAGAUUCCGAAGUUCCGCCUCUUCUCGUAUACAAGUGGGCGCAGGGCAUCAACAACCUCGAAAACGUCUGGGAAACCGCGAAUGGCGAGUGCAACGUCAUGAUUGAGACCCAGCUUUCCAAGGUUUAUGAGAAGAUCGAACUGACUCUGCUCAACUCACUUCUGCGCCUGAUUAUGGACCACAACUUGGCCGAUUACAUCACGGCCAAGAACAACGUUACGCUGACGUACAAGGACAUGAGCCAUGUCAACAGUUACGGCAUGAUCCGUGGGCUUCAAUUCUCGGCGUUUGUCUUCCAGUACUAUGGCCUGAUCCUCGACCUUCUCCUUCUCGGUCCUCAGCGGGCCAGCGAGAUAGCUGGUCCCCCGCAGAGCCCCAACGACUUCCUCCAAUUUCAGGAUCGCGAGACGGAAGUAAGACAUCCCAUUCGGUUGUACACCAGGUACAUUGACAAGAUCUGGGUGUUCCUGCGUUUCACCGCCGACGAGUCGAGAGACCUCAUUCAACGAUUCCUCACAGAGCAGCCGGAUCCCAACUUUGAGAAUGUCAUCGGCUACAAGAGCAAGAAAUGCUGGCCCAGGGACUCCCGGAUGCGACUGAUGAGGCACGACGUGAAUUUGGGGAGGGCUGUCUUCUGGGAUCUCAAGAACCGGCUCCCGAGAUCGGUGACUACGAUUGAGUGGGAUGAUACAUUUGCUAGUGUCUACAGCAAGGACAACCCCAAUCUUUUGUUCUCUAUGUGUGGUUUUGAGGUGCGCAUUUUGCCCAAGAUCCGCAACCAGAACGACGAGUUCCCGGUCAAGGACAGCGUAUGGUCUCUUGUGGACAACAGAACCAAGGAACGGACCGCACAUGCUUUCCUGCAAGUGACUGAGGAGGAUAUUCAAAAGUUCAACAACCGUAUCCGCCAGAUCCUCAUGUCGUCGGGUUCAACGACCUUCACCAAGAUCGCCAAUAAGUGGAACACCGCGCUGAUCGCUUUGUUUACGUACUACCGGGAAGCGGCCGUCUCGACCGUCAAUCUGCUCGACACCAUCGUCAAAUGCGAGACCAAAAUCCAGACUCGAGUCAAGAUCGGCUUGAACUCGAAGAUGCCCUCGCGUUUCCCGCCGGCCGUGUUCUACACUCCAAAGGAACUCGGCGGCCUCGGCAUGAUAUCUGGCUCACACAUCCUGAUCCCAGCAAGUGACAAGCGUUGGUCCAAGCAGACUGAUGUCGGUGUGACCCACUACCGAGCGGGCAUGUCUCAUGACGAAGAGACGUUGAUCCCCAACAUCUUCCGCUACAUCAUCCCCUGGGAGGCAGAGUUCAUCGAUUCGCAGCGCGUGUGGACCGAGUAUUCCCAGAAGCGCCUCGAGGCAAACCAGCAGAAUCGGAGGCUCACCCUGGAAGACUUGGAAGACAGCUGGGAUCGCGGAUUGCCCCGUAUCAACACUCUGUUCCAGAAAGACCGUAGCACUUUGAGCUUUGACAAGGGAUUCCGUGCUCGGGCGGAGUUCAAGAUCUACCAGCUAAUGAAGAGCAAUCCAUUCUGGUGGACAAGCCAGAGGCACGACGGCAAGCUCUGGAACCUCAAUGCGUACCGUACAGACGUCAUUCAAGCCCUGGGUGGUGUCGAGACAAUUCUGGAGCAUACUCUGUUCAAGGCGACUGGAUUCCCCUCCUGGGAGGGUCUCUUCUGGGAAAAGGCGUGCUGCGCGUUCGGCACACGGAUCCUCCGCUUCGAUGGCAGCGAGGUCGCCGUUGAGGACGUCAAAGAGGGCGAUCUUCUUCUGGGUCCUGACGGCGGACCGCGCCGCGCUUUCAACAUCGUGAAAGGCAAAGAGCCCCUAUUCCGUAUCAAGAUGGGGGCAGGCUUAGAAGACCUCGUGGUGACCCAGAACCAUAUUCUGGUUUUGCACAAGGAGAGAGAUCAUGGUGACGCGUGCAACGGGCCUGAAUCUGAGCGCUACGAGACUGUGGAGUUGACGGCUGCUCAAUUUGCAUCCUUUGACGCGAAAGAGCGGGCUAGGUACCGGGUCUUCAAGUCCACGGGCUUCCAGCUGCCGAGCAGUGACAAGUCUGCUGAACGAAGUGUCCCGCAACUUCACAGCUUCGUUGUUGAGGACGUCAUCCUCGAGUCUGAACCAACCGAAUGGGCCGGUUUCCGGGUUGACGGCGACCAGCUGUAUCUGCGGCAUGACCAUCUCGUGCUCCACAACAGUGGUUUCGAGGAGAGCAUGAAGUUCAAGAAGCUGACCAAUGCGCAGCGGUCUGGUUUGAAUCAGAUUCCCAACCGACGUUUUACCCUCUGGUGGUCUCCAACCAUCAACAGAGCGAACGUCUAUGUCGGUUUCCAAGUCCAGCUGGAUCUUACCGGUAUUUUCCUGCACGGCAAGAUCCCGACGUUGAAGAUCUCGCUCAUUCAGAUUUUCCGUGCGCAUUUGUGGCAGAAGAUCCAUGAAUCCGUCGUCAUGGAUCUUUGCCAAGUUUUCGACCAGGAGCUGGAGGCUCUGAGCAUCGAGUCGGUGCAAAAGGAGACGAUCCAUCCUCGAAAGUCGUACAAGAUGAACAGCUCAUGCGCCGAUAUCCAGCUGUUUGCGAGCCACAAGUGGAACGUCACCAGGCCCUCACUUCUCUUCGACAACAAGGAUGUCAUCGAGGCGACCACAACGAACAAAUUCUGGAUCGACGUCCAACUUCGUUACGGUGACUACGAUUCUCACGACAUUGAGAGAUAUGUCAGGGCGAAGUACCUUGACUAUACCACAGACAGCAUGAGUCUGUAUCCUUCCCCGACGGGUCUGAUGAUCGGCAUUGACCUGGCGUACAAUCUCUACUCGGCUUACGGGCAGUACUUCCCUGGGCUGAAGAUGUUAAUCCAGCAGGCCAUGGCCAAGAUAAUGAAGGCGAACCCCGCGCUCUACGUGUUGCGAGAGCGCAUUCGAAAAGGCCUGCAGCUCUAUGCCUCCGAGAGUAAUCAAGAGUUCCUAAACUCACAGAACUACUCGGAGUUGUUCAGCAACCAGACGCAGCUCUUCAUCGAUGAUACCAAUGUCUAUCGAGUCACGAUCCAUAAGACUUUUGAAGGCAACCUGACAACAAAGCCGAUCAACGGAGCCAUCUUCAUCUUCAACCCGCGCACUGGUCAACUGUUUUUGAAGAUCAUUCACACCAGCGUCUGGGCCGGACAGAAGCGUCUUGGCCAGUUGGCGAAGUGGAAGACCGCGGAAGAAGUCGCAGCCCUGAUCAGAUCGCUCCCUGUUGAGGAGCAGCCGAAACAGCUCAUUGUCACCCGGAAAGGCCUGCUUGAUCCGCUCGAGGUCAACCUGUUGGAUUUCCCCAACAUCUCGAUCCGCGCUUCGGAGCUGCAGCUUCCUUUCCAGGCUGCCAUGAAGGUCGAGAAACUCGGAGACAUGAUUCUGCGGGCUACUGAGCCCCAAAUGGUGCUCUUCAAUUUGUACGACGAGUGGUUGAAGAGCAUCUCGUCAUAUACGGCAUUCUCUCGCUUGAUCCUCAUUCUCCGAGCUCUGCACGUCAACCAGGACAAGACGAAGCUCCUGCUACGACCGGACAAGACCGUCAUCACACAAGAACACCAUAUCUGGCCGACCCUGUCCGAUGAGGACUGGAUCAAGGUUGAAAUGCAGCUGCGUGAUCUGAUCCUCAACGAUUACGGGAAGAAGAACAACGUGAAUGUGUCGAGUCUGACCACCAGCGAAGUGCGAGAUAUCAUCCUGGGUAUGGAGAUAUCGGCUCCGUCCCUACAGAGGCAGCAAGCCGCCGAAAUCGAGAAGCAGCAGCAAGAGCAGCAGCAACUCACGGCGGUUACGACCAGGACACAGAACGUGCACGGGGAGGAGAUCAUCGUCACCACGACCUCGCAGUUCGAACAGCAGACAUUUGCGUCAAAGACGGAGUGGCGAACCCGGGCUAUUGCGACGUCCAACCUGCGCACGAGAGCCAACAAUAUCUACGUGUCGCCCGUAGACAGCGAUGUGGACGAGGUCACGUACGUGAUGCCCAAGAACAUACUCAAGAAGUUUAUCACGAUCUCGGAUCUGCGCGUGCAGGUGGCUGGCUACCUGUACGGUGCGUCGCCAGCGGACAACGAUCAGGUCAAGGAAAUCAAGUGCAUCGUCCUGGUGCCGCAGAUUGGUGGGCUGCGCAACGUCCAGCUGCCGCAGCAACUGCCCCAGCACGAGCUGCUUAAGGACAUGGAGCCCCUCGGCGUCAUCCACACCAUGUCGGGCAACGAGCUUCCGUACAUGUCUGCCAUGGACGUCACGGAGCAUGCCAGGCUGGUCGAUGCGCACCCGUCGUGGAAGAACGGGAACACGCUGACCGUCACCGUGUCCUUCACCCCAGGAAGCGUCUCCCUCUCGGCUUGGGCGCUCACCCCGCAGGGAUACAAGUGGGGCGCCGAGAACAAGGACGUGGGAAGCGACCAGCCCCAGGGGUUCACCACGACUAUGGGCGAGAAGCGGCAGCUGCUGCUAAGCGAUAAGUUCAGGGGCUUCUUCCUGGUGCCUGAGGGCGGCAAAUGGAAUUAUAGCUUCAUGGGAAGCGCCUUUGGAGGGGUGGAGAAGAAACCCAUCCAUGUCAAACUAGACACGCCAAUGCCCUUUUACAGCGACCAGCAUCGGCCGAUUCAUUUCUCGAGUUUCAAUGAGUUGGAGGAUAUCUGGGUUGAUAGGCAGGAUAACUUUGCCUAGGCAAGCUGCUCGGGGAUGGUAAGCUGUUGAUGGAACCGGGGAAUGGAUUCACUCAAGGAAAAGCAAGAGAGGGAAGGAAUAUUGGGAGGGACGGCACAGGGCAUGGGACGCGGCGGGCCCAAGGAAGCAGUCGCUUACGGGAGCAGCUAGCUAUAGACUGUGUGAUCUGCUCCUGAGGACCUGGGUUGACGGUUAGACAUGUUGUGUUGUUGUGUUAUUAGGUUGUCUGUACUUCUUUGCAGGGCGUUUUCUCACAUGCGUGUUGUACAUACAUGGAAAGGGGCAUGCGUGGUGUGAAGUUUAGCAAGGGGGGUGAAGUGUAACAACUAUUUACUACUGCUGGUGAUAGUCAGGUUGGGAACAAUGACGAAGAACAUAUGAU